GUGAUCAGCGAGUUUGAAGCCUCUCCUGACUCAUUUUCCUACAGAAUCCCUAACCUGAGUCGGAAUCGUCAGUACAGCGUCUGGGUGGUGGCUGUGACGUCAGCUGGGAGAGGCAACAGCAGUGAAAUCAUCACAGUGGAGCCAUUAGCCAAAGCUCCCGCACGAAUCCUGACCUUCAGCGGCACAGUGACCACUCCGUGGAUGAAAGACAUCGCCUUGCCUUGUAAAGCUGUUGGGGAUCCUUCUCCUGCAGUAAAAUGGAUGAAAGACAGUAACGGGACGCCCAGCUUGGUAACGAUUGAUGGGCGGAGGAGCGUCUACAGCAACGGGAGCUUCGUCAUCCGAACUGUGAAGGCGGAAGACUCUGGCUACUACAGCUGCGUCGCCAACAACAACUGGGGGUCCGAUGAAAUCAUUCUAAAUUUACAAGUGCAAGUGCCGCCAGACCAGCCUCGGCUCACAGUGUCCAAAACCACAUCUUCUUCCAUUACCCUCUCCUGGCUCCCUGGAGAUAAUGGGGGCAGUUCCAUUAGAGGCUACAUAUUGCAAUACUCAGAGGACAACAGUGAGCAGUGGGGGAGUUUCCCCAUCAGCCCCAGUGAACGUUCCUACCGCCUGGAAAAUCUGAAAUGUGGCACUUGGUAUAAGUUCACUCUUACCGCCCAAAAUGGAGUGGGGCCAGGGCGCAUAAGUGAAAUCAUAGAAGCGAAAACAUUAGGGAAAGAGCCCCAGUUCUCCAAGGAGCAGGAACUCUUUGCCAGCAUCAACACGACGCGCGUGAGGCUGAACCUCAUCGGCUGGAAUGACGGCGGCUGUCCCAUCACCUCCUUCACGCUCGAGUACAGGCCCUUUGGGACCACGGUGUGGACCACGGCUCAGCGGACGUCUCUCUCCAAGUCGUACAUCCUGUACGACCUGCAGGAAGCCACCUGGUACGAGCUGCAGAUCCGGGUGUGCAACAGCGCCGGCUGUGCGGAGAGGCAGGCCCACUUCGCCACGCUCAACUACGACGGCAGUACAAUCCCUCCACUCAUUAAGUCAGUUGUCCAAAGCGAAGAAGGGCUGACGACCAAUGAGGGGCUCAAGAUGCUGGUGACCAUCUCCUGCAUCUUGGUGGGUGUCCUGCUGCUGUUCGUGCUCCUGUUGGUGGUCCGGAGGAGGAGGCGGGAGCAGAGGCUGAAGAGGCUGAGAGAUGCAAAGAGUUUAGCUGAAAUGCUCAUGAGUAAGAAUACCCGGACUUCCGAUACCUUGAGCAAGCAACAGCAGACCCUGAGAAUGCACAUCGACAUCCCCAGAGCUCAGCUUUUGAUAGAAGAGAGAGACACGAUGGAGACCAUCGACGACCGCUCCACGGUGCUGUUGACAGAUGCUGACUUUGGAGAGGCAGCGAAACAGAAGUCUCUGACGGUGACGCACACGGUCCAUUACCAGUCAGUGUCGCAGGCCACCGGGCCCUUAGUGGAUGUUUCAGAUGCUCGGCCAGGAACGAAUCCCACCACCAGGAGGAAUGCCAAGGCUGGGCCCACAGCCAGAAACCGGUACGCCAGCCAGUGGACCCUCAACAGACCUCACCCCACCAUUUCAGCACACACGCUCACCACGGACUGGAGGCUGCCCACGCCCAGAGCUGUGGGGUCAAUGGACAAGGAGAGUGACAGUUACAGCGUCAGCCCCUCACAGGACACAGAUCGAGCGCGAAGCAGCAUGGUCUCCACAGAAAGUGCCUCCUCCACUUACGAAGAACUGGCCAGGGCCUACGAGCAUGCCAAGAUGGAAGAACAACUGAGGCACGCCAAGUUUACCAUCACCGAGUGCUUCAUCUCAGACACAUCAUCCGAACAGUUGACGGCAGGGACAAAUGAGUACACAGACAGUCUGACCUCCAGCACCCCUUCAGAAUCGGGGAUCUGCAGGUUCACUGCAUCUCCCCCAAAACCUCAGGAUGGAGGACGAGUGAUGAACAUGGCGGUUCCAAAGGCACAUCGGCCAGGUGACCUCAUACAUUUGCCUCCAUACCUUAGAAUGGACUUUUUGUUGAACCGAAGUGGUCCGGGCACCAGCAGGGACCUGAGUUUAGGGCAAGCGUGCUUGGAGCCUCAGAAAAGCCGGACCCUGAAGCGCCCCACGGUCCUGGAGCCCAUCCCCAUGGAGGCCUCCUCCUCCACGGCGGCGUCCAACAGAGACGGGCAGCAGUGGCAGCAGGGGGCUGUGGCCACAUUACCUCAGCGAGAAGGGGCGGAGCUGGGACAGGCAGCUAAAAUGAGCAGCUCCCAAGAGUCGCUGCUGGACUCCCGGGGCCAUCUGAAGGGAAACACCCCGUACGCAAAAUCGUACACCCUGGUAUAACAAACAGCAGGACUGGACAGCGGUUGUAAAUAGAAUUUAAAAAAUUCAAUCAAAGCUACCUUUUUUUUACGGAAUUCCAAUAUUUAUAAUUAAAGAAAAUUGCCAAAAUAUAUUUAAAAAAAGAGAGAGAAAAUACUGAAAGCACAGACAGUGCAGACUCUCGUGCUCUUUUUUCUGUCUGAGUGUCAGCUCCAUCUGCCUGGGCAUCUGAUUUUUUGGGAAAGAAGUCCAGUUUUAUGAUCUUCACAGGCUAUUGCAUUUUUACUGAUUUUCUACACAGUGCAUGGGGGACCCAUCACACCUUCUGACCGGAAGUUCUGUCACACACGACUCAAGAAAGAAAACAGGAAGAAAACUUACCCUCUUUGUGAAUUUCAAAGGAACGCUGAUUGGGGGCAACGGGGAAACUAGUCAUGUCUGCACACCUCUCCUUCCCAUUAGGAACUCGGUCCUCAGUCUGACCUUCUUCUGUUGUUAAUCAGGACGAGUGCCAUCCGUGAAGGGGAGGGGGGAAUCAAUUUGGUUUUCUUUUUUGUUUAUUUUUUAAUUUAAUGAGACACUCUUUGCAUUUUGUCUAAGCGAAAUAAAGAAGAAAAGGUUGUCUGCCUUUA